AUGGCUUUGGUUAUGGAACCUAUAAGUAAAUGGACACCAAAGCAAGUGCUGGACUGGAUGAAAGGUCUGGAUGAUUGUCUCCAGCAGUACGUGAAGAGUUUUGAGCGGGAGCAGAUGGGGGGAGAGCAGCUGCUGCACAUCACCCAUCAGGAGCUGGAAGAACUGGGCGUCACCAGAAUAGGACAUCAGGAGCUCAUCCUGGAAGCUGUCGACCUCCUCUGCGCCCUGAACUACGGCCUAGAGACAGAGAACCUCCGCACUUUGUCCCACAAGCUAAACGCUUCAGCAAAGAACCUCCAGAACUUCAUCCUGGGCCGGCGGAGGGGCGGACACUACGAUGGACGAGCUUCCCGGAGGCUACCCAAUGAUUUCCUUACCUCAGUGGUGGACCUGAUUGGUGCAGCCAAGAACCUUCUUGCCUGGCUUGACAGGUCUCCAUUUGCCAGUGUGACAGAGUAUUCAUUACUGAAGAACAACAUCGUGCAGCUCUGCCUAGAAUUAACUACCAUCGUACAACAGGAUUGCACUGUGUAUGAGACAGAGAAUAAGAUUCUCCAUGUGUGUAAGACCUUAGCAGGGAUAUGCGACCACAUCAUCUCUCUGUCAUCAGACUCUCUGGUCUCUCAGUCUGCCCAUCUGGAGGUGGUCCACCUUACCAGCAUCAUGCCCAGUGAAGGGCUGGGGAUGUACAUCAAAUCGACAUAUGAUGGACUCCACGUUAUCACCGGAACCACAGAGAAUUCUCCAGCAGACCAGUGUAAGAAGAUCCAUGCGGGGGAUGAGGUGAUCCAAGUCAACCAUCAGACAGUGGUGGGCUGGCAGCUGAAGAACCUGGUGAACGCUCUGAGAGAGGACCCAUGCGGAGUCAUCCUCACGCUGAAGAAGAGGCCCCAGAACACCCUGAGCUCCACACCGGCUCUGCUCAGGAACGUCCGCUGGAAACCACUGGGCCUGCAGCCGGUCCCCACCAGCCCCACCAGCACUUCCCCAACACCCGGUGGAACUUUAGGCAUGUCCAAAAUGGACGCCCCCAGCAUGCAGGACGUCUAUAUCCUCUCUCCUGUCUCCGGACUCUACAGCACCAGGGAGGAGCUGGGUCUCAUGUCAUGUGACGACAUCAGCCGCUACAGCGUGAGCUCCCAGUCCGGCUCCAAAGGUUCAGAGGCAGUCAGCUACUACCUGGACCAGGACAGCGGUCAGUACUUCUCCUUGUUAGAGGGAGAUGGACCCCCAGGGCCUGACUAUGACAGGGGCCGCAAUACAGGGGUUCGUCGGCGGGACAAGACCCCCACCCAUGGUGACCUCAGACCUGUUUCCAUGCCUCCCGAAUAUAACUGGAUGGCCGAGGCCAAGGAACCCAGCAUGGGCAAGAGAGGGAGCCGAGAUUCGGACAACUCCCUGCUGCGUUACCUUAGCGACGACAAGAUCCUGGUGAUCGAGGAGGAACCCGAGGGUCCAGGCAGAGAGAGCCGGCGGGAUUCCACCAGACGCUCUCGGCGCAAGAGCCGCAAUCCCAGCAGCCCUAGCUUUCCCAUCAGUCCCUCCAUGCUGUCCUCCACCCUGCGCCUUGACCAGCCGCCAGACGCUUUGCCUCGAGGUGCAGACACACUGCGAGCAGACACAACAGACAGGUACUCGGGCUCAGGAAGCUCAGGAGGGGCCUCCAUGAGGAAGUCUUUCCAUUACACCUCUCUAAGAACGAAAACCAAAAAGAGAAGUAAAGGUUCCCUCACUAGUGCCAGUCGAAGGAGAAUCUCCUGUAAGGACCUGGGCCACGGUGACUGUGAAGGCUGGCUGUGGAAGAAGAAGGACGCCAAAGGCUACUUCACUCAGAAAUGGAGGAAAUACUGGUUUAUCCUCAAAGAGUCCUGCCUCUACUGGUACACAAACCAAAAUGACGAGAAGGCUGAGGGCUUCAUCAGCCUCCCUGAGUUCAGAAUAGACCGAGCCAUAGAGUGCAGACGGAAAUUUGCCUUCAAAGCCUGUCAUCCCAAAAUCAAGAGCUUCUUCUUCGCCACAGAUUGUCUUGAAGAAAUGAACAGGUGGAUGAACCGACUGGGGUUAGCUGCUAUUGGCUACACACCAGAUGACAAGGUGCCACGCCCUGAUGAAGACUACUGGAGUGAGAGUGAUCAAGACGAGGUCGACGGCUCGAUGACACUCAAACAGGAGGGACCCUCAUCCCUCUGUGAUACUUAUCACCGCACACCAUCAGUCAAUUCUUCUAGCCCCUUCCCGGAGCCCAAGCACGGCCGACACUUCUCCAGCGAGUCCACACACUCCCACUCCUCAGCUGAGGACCAGCGUGGAGACGGUAUGGGCAUGGGCACGGGCACAGGCAGCACCAGUACACACUCAUCCGGCUGCCGCUCUUCCCAUCGUGAGCGUCGUUCCUGGCAGGACCUCAUUGAGACCCCUCUGACCAGCGCGGGGCUGCACUUCCUCCAGACGGCGCCGGGGGAGAAUGAUUACGGAGGCCUAAUGGGGACCAUGGCCGGAGACAUGGGGCUCUACGGAGGCCUGGGCAGACAGGGCAUGUCCCCGGAGAGACGCAGGCAGGCCACUCUGCCCGUACGGAGACAUCACGCCGCAGAGAGGGACAGGGAGCGGGACGGGCCCUUUCCUCUGGAGCGGGGGCCACACACACACAGUCACACACACCGACGCUCCCACAAGCAGCGGAGCCAGAGUCUGCCCAGGAACAGGGACCCAAUGCCAGGAAAGCUGCUACACACCUCAGCUCAUAUGGAGGAGAGGAGCGAGGAUGAAGAGGCAGAGGGGCAGGCUGGAGAUAUGUUCGAGGGUGAGGAGGACCUGCGGGAGUUGAGAGUUGAGAGCAGAGAGAGGAGGGUGUCAGAAGGAAGGGAGCGGCGGGUGUCAGAGGGCCGUGAGCCAGAGCCAUUAGAUGGUCUAGAGCAGCUGUACCGGGCCUUGGAGCAAGCUAACGUGACGGCCCUAGGAGACCCCAGACCUUGUAGCAGGCAAGAGCUUCGACGCUGUUUCACCCAGAGAGCCAGGGACCCUCUGCUCAACGACAGGCUACACCGGGUGCGAGCCCUCCGCAGCACCUUGAAGGCCAAAGAGUCAGAGCUGGCAGUAAUCUGUGCCCUCCUGGAGGACCCUGGCCUGUGCUCCCAGACCUUCAGAGAGUGGAAGCAGUGGCACAGCGAGCUCUACUCAGACAUCUGCCAGCUCAGCCCCGGCACCAACGGCCAGGACGACCUGUCCCCGCUGGCUGCACCUCUCAUGACCCACACACACUCCUUCAUUGAGACACACGUGUGA